GGGCUCAUUGGCUUGGCGUAGCUGGGCUGCUGUGGCGCACCGCCCGCCUUGGAUCCUGGUAGGGCUUGGUUGAAAUACACAGCAGUUAGGGGGGAACUGGACGGCUAGUGGUUCUCUUGUGUCUGGGGAGGAAGUGAGACAAUGUUACCUUUGUAAAAAAUAUCUUUGGAAUCUCUGACGUCCAUAUGGCUAUGUAUGAUGAAGAUCUCUUGAAAAAUCCUUUUUAUUUGGCUAUUCAGAAACGUCGUCCUGACCUUUGCAGGAAAGUUGCAGAAUUCCAUGGAAUUAUAUUAGUACCGUGCAAAGGGAGCCUUUCAAGCAGCAGUCUCUCUACCUGCCAAUUUGAUUCCUAUGUUUUAAAACCAGUGGAAGAAAAAUUUCAGACCCUAAAUGGAAAGGAAAUCUUUAUUCAAGGAAACUUGAUUAUUUUAGGAACUGGUUUUAAUCAUCAUCUCUCAGUACCUGUUCUCUUUGAGGAAACAUUCUACAAUGAAAAAGAAGAAAGUUUUAGCUUAUUGUGUAUAGCUCAUCCCCUGGAAGAAUCUGAAAUCUUAGAAGAAUUUAAAACCCCAUCAAAUUCUUAUUCCCUGAAAAACAUUGAGGAUGUGAGAGAAUUUUUGGGAAGACAUUCUGAAAGAUUUGACAAACACAUUGCAUCUUUCCAUAGGACUUUUAAAGAACAUGAAAGAAAAAGCCUACGACAUUACAUAGAUUCUGUUAAUGCACUUUACACCAAAUGCCUCCAGCAUUUACUGAGGGAUUCUCACUUGAGGAUGCUUGCAAAGCAGGAACCUCAGAUGAAUCUGAUGAAACAAGCAGUUGAAAUGUAUGUACAUCAUGAUAUUUAUGAUCUGAUCUUUAAAUAUGUGGGAACUAUUGAGGCGAGUGAGGAUGCAGCCUUUAACAAAAUUACAAGAAGCCUCCAAGAUCUCCAGCAAAAAGAUAUUGGAGUUAAGCCUGAAUUCAGCUUUAAUAUUCCACGUGCAAAGCGAGAAUUGGGUCAGCUGAAUAAAUGCACCUCCCCACAACAGAAGCUGAUCUGUCUUCGAAAAGUGGUGCAAAUUAUUAUGCAGUCUCCUAGCCAAAGAGUGAACAUGGAGACCAUGUGUGCAGAUGAUCUUCUCUCUGUGUUACUGUAUCUGCUUGUAAAAACAGAGAUUCCUAACUGGAUGGCAAAUUUGAGUUACAUCAAAAACUUCAGGUUUUGCAGUUCAGCAAAGGAUGAACUGGGAUACUGCCUGACCUCUGUUGAGGCUGCUAUAGAAUAUAUUCGACAAGGAAACCUCUCCGACAGACCAACAGAAUCUGAGAGGUUUAGUGACAAGUUCUUGAGACAAAGAAUGAACUUGCUAUCCCAGAUGUCCACGACCCCAAUAGAUUGCUUGUUCAAGUAUAUUGCUUCAGGUAACCAGGAGGAAGUGGAACGAUUACUAAGUCAAGGUGACAGUGAUAAAGACACUGUACAGAAAAUGUGCCACCCACUCUGUUUCUGUGACAAUUGUGAGAAACUGGUUUCUGGGAAGAUGAAUGAUCCUUCCAUUGUCACUCCGUUUUCCAGAGAUGACAGGGGAUACACACCACUUCAUAUAGCUGCUAUUUGUGGGCAAGCAUCAUUAAUUGACCUGUUAGUUUCCAAAGGAGCUGUAGUCAAUGCUACAGAUUACCACGGUUCAACACCUCUUCACCUUGCCUGUCAGAAAGGAUAUCAGAAUGUUACACUUCUCUUGUUGCACUAUAAGGCAAGUACAGAUGUUCAAGACAAUAAUGGCAAUACUCCACUUCAUUUAGCCUGCACUUAUGGUCAUGAGGAUUGUGUCAAAGCUUUAGUCUAUUAUGAUGUACACUCUUGUAGACUAGAUACUGGUAACGAAAAAGGAGAUACUCCCCUCCAUAUAGCUGCUCGUUGGGGCUAUCAAGGAAUAAUAGAAGUGCUGUUGCAGAAUGGAGCCAACCCAGAUAUUCAAAACCGGAUGAAAGAGACUUCCCUGCAGUGUGCAUUAAACUCCAAGAUUUUAUCAUUGAUGGAAUUAAACUACCUAACAUUUGAAAGGGGACAGAGUGCUUCUGAGACUCCAGUUAGGUCUCCUCAGCAUUCAGCAGACACCUUCAGCAGAGGGUCAUCUGUCUCCAGCUUGUCAUCAGCGUCAGCAGAUACCAGACAAGAAGAAAUUAAAAAUAAUUACAAAGAGGUAAGAAAGUUAUUUAGAGCUAUUAAGUAUGGGACUUUGUUUUUAUGCCAGGUUCGCUAUCUUUUGGAAUGGAUGGAGGAAGACGUAGAAGAUGUAGAAGAAGCAGACGAAGCUGACGAUACAGUGAAGCCAGAACUCUGUCACCCAUUAUGCCAGUGCUCAAAAUGUGAGCCAAUACAAAAGAAGCUUGCAAGAAUCCCUGCUAAUGGACUUGGAGUAAAUGUUACAAACCAGGAUGGCUUUACACCACUACAUGUGGCUGCACUGCAUGGGCACCCUGAGUUAGUCUACCUUUUGUUGAAACACGGUGCCAAUAUCAGUGCAAAGAAUAUUAACCAUGCCGUACCUCUUCACCUGGCUUGUCAGAAAGGUCACUUUCAGGUAGUAAAGUGUCUAGUGGAUUGCAAUGCUAAACAAAAUAAAAAGGAUGUACAUGGAAAUACUCCCUUAAUUUAUGCUUGCUUGAAUGGCCAACAUGAGAUUGCUGCCUUGUUGUUAGAGCAUGGGGCCUCUGUUAACCUUUCUAACAGCAAGGGAAAUACAGCACUGCAUGAGGCUGUGAUAGGAAAACAUGAAGUCUUGGUAGAGCUGUUGCUUCAGAAUGGUGCUUCGAACCACAUUAGGAACAAAAGGCAGCGUACACCUCUUGACUGUGCUGAGCUGAAUUCAAAUAUCAUGAAGUUGCUACAAACAGCACCAAGCUAUGCACCAACAUCAGCGGAGGGAGGAGAAACAGACUAUGAGCAGCAUGUUACUAUCAAGAUCAGGAAAAAAGUAAAUGUUAAGUUACCUGAGACAGCAGAUGAUCCCAUCAGCAGACGACUUCAACUGGUCCAAUCAAUCAACAGAUUUAACAAAUCAAAAUAUUUACGGAGAACAAUAACAAGAGAUAAAAGUGUCCCUAAUUUUGAUGACGAAUUAUUGCAUCAGUUAGCUAUUAAGAGCUUUGAUAAGACCAAGUUAAAACCUAUUGACCAGAUGUUGGAUCAGAGCAAAGUUAAGAUUAUUGACGCAGAAAGCAAUGGUGAACCUGCGAAACAGGAUGAUGUGAUAGAUGCUCCUCUUAGAAGUAAACUAAUGCACCGAAGACACACAGUUAGUGUGGCACUUUCAGCAGAGAAUGUCAGUGACGACAGUGAUUUAUCCAACACAAGAGAUCCAAGUAUUUCACUGUCAAAAGACUGUUCUGGUGACUUGCUAUCAAAACACUAACAAGGAAGUGUGAAUUUGCUGCCAAAAACUAAAGAACCAGGUGGUGCCAGUUUCAAGAUCCUCCUGCUGGGCAUUAAAGAAUUAAAUGAUGCUUAGAAACUGCUUUCAAAAAUGGAUCAUAAAGAUGAAUCUUUAGCAGAGGUAGAAUGUUCCCAUAUGGCUUGCACUUUUGAAGACUGAAUCCUCUGUUUAUCGUGGAAACCCCUCCCCAGCCAAUUUGUGACUGAUUUCAGGAAACUGAGACAUAUUGAAAUGUCAAAGUAUUUAGACAGAAAGAAGUGAUUGUUUCUCAUUCCACUUUCAAAGCACUUAUUAAGAAAUUACUUAUAACAGUAGAGGAGAAAGGCUAUAUAGUACUUUCUAGCUACCCACUCCUGUUUUUUUAAAAGGCAUUGAAUUAUUUUUUUCUUUUCAGUUUUUGUCACUAAAUUGGUUAUAUUAUAUUUAUUGCCAGAAGGAAUUCAAAAGUCUCUAUUUUUAUUAUAAUGCUAUGAACCACUAUAUUUAUUUAAUAGCAUUUUAGAAAUUAAUGUAAUUUCUGUAUAUUGCAACCAGCUUCGCAAACAGUCCAUAAAAAUCUACAGCAUGAGAUGAACGUGAACGGUAGUAUCCUGCAGUCCCUAUAUAGACAAAGCGCCCCCUGAUUUCAGUGGAACAUUUACCUGUAUAGGGUCUGUAGGAUCAUGUACUACUGGCGAUGGAAUAAAAUAAAAUGCUCUCACCGCAGAACAGCUUUGGACUGAAGAAUGUUCAGAUCCCACUUAAAAUACUCAUUUCUGUGCAGAGACAAGCAUGCUUAACACACACAGUUGGCUUUUCCCCCUGAACAAAUCAGACAAAGCCACACACAUUCACACCUCUGCACGAAGCCUACAGCUACUAGGUAAGUUAUCUGGCAGGAAAAGUAAGAGUUUGCAGAAACUGGCUGCAUGUUAUCCUAUUUUAAAAGGUGAUAUUUUAAAGGAUGCUCAUAGAUAACUAGAUGGAAGCUUAGAUGUUGAACUUGUUUCUUAACAUGUUUUCAGUUUAAAAAUUUUUUUUUAAGUGUGAAUUAAAAAGAAAAAGACUUCAAUAGCACAAUUCAGGUUCUCAAUGAUAGUUUUGGUUUACAGGUGGUCACAUCCAAUUAACAUUUUGUUUCUUUUAUAAAAUAGUAAUAUAGACCAUUUUGAUUUUUUAUGGUGGUAUUGAUACUAUGCUUAGGGCACUGUGAAAUUGGAGGACUUCCCAUGUGAUUAUUUUCAAAUAAUUUUUAAUGAGAGAAGUAAAAAGUGCUUGAAAAAUGAAAAAACUCUAAGAUGAAGGUUGCAUGUAUAUUUUUCUAAAUAAUUUGGGUUCAUUUAAUUUUCUAACUUGCCUUGGAUUUGUGCCAAAUGUUGGAAAAGAAAAAUAGUAAAAGUAAUGAUUCUUGAAAAUGUUCUUAACUUUGACUACUUAUUUAAAAACUGACUCCCUUUAGCACGGUCUUCUCACUGUUAUUGUAACGUAAUGUUUAACUAUUUUACUUUAAGCCUAAGGAUGGUUUAGGAAUAGUUACAUUAAGUUUGGAUGGCUUCCCCUUCCCCACACCUUCAUAUUACCACUGAACAAAUGAACAUGCUUUUCUCCCUUUGAGCUUUUUUCUUUAAUCUAAUAUAAAGGCCUGCCUAUAAAAGGGAAAAAGUUACAGAAGCAGUUGGAUUUAAAUGGGAUAUUUCCUAUUUCUAGAUUACUUCAAUGUAUGUCCUUCCCUUUCUGCCCCAUACUAUUUAUAAACAACUUGAGAAAAAGGAUGAUCUUGUGCUUAAAUUACAGCAGGAGACAUGGACUGUACUUUUGGUCCUCAAAACAGACUUUGAAUGUUACCUAUGGCAAAUCCCUUAUUGUUACGCUAUGUGAAAUUGGGUUAAUUACCUACUUAACAUAGGGUUGUUUCAUGGCCAAAUUUAUUUUCUAUAAAGUGCCUGGACAUGUUUAGGUGGAAGGAGCAAGGUAUCAUUUGUAAAUUUAAGAUUAAAAUAUGGGUAAACUUAAAGAGAAAGCAUGAGCACAUUUUUAGAAUUGAUUUGUGGGGAUUAAUUUCAGUUUUUAAUUACAGCAUUCUCUUAAACAAAAGAUUGCCUAUCUGCCUGCUUCAGUAAAAAAUGAAGUUGGAUAAUGAGAGAUUCAGUUAAUUAGAUGCUUUUAAUAGUUGCAAUAGUAUAUUACUAUCAAGUAUAAAAAGAGAUAUGCAACAUAUUCAAACAGUCCAAGUAUAUUUCAUUAGAUAUUUAUUAUAAACCUAUUAUGGAGACUAGCUUUGGCAACAAGAUUUGUCAUGCUGUUUAUUCAGUGACCCCUCUCCUUUGGAAAAUACACUUCUAAUUCUGCUCUCUCUCUCCUUUUGGGAAAAAACGAGAGAUAAAUGUAAGAGGAUCUGAAAUUAACUAGUUAAAACUUUUUAAAUGUUGCUAGUAGCAAACUAGAUGCAACUCCUAACAAAAAUUUCAAUACGGUACAAUACUUACUGCAAAAUACUUCAUACUUCAAACCUAUUUCUAUGCAAUUAAUAAAACAGCUCCCGUAAUAGUGUUUGUAAUAAGCUUCAGCAUUGAUUUUUUUUUAAUUUUUUUUUUUUGGCCUGAGUCUGAGCUGUUUCCCAAUCACUGUUUAACUUUUCAUUUGGAGGACACUGCUUGCAUCUUCAGCCUUGUCUGUUGGGAUACUAUUGUGAUUGCCUCCCUGAAAGGGUCUCAAAAGUUUCAGUAAUCUUAACUUUCCCCUGUAGAAGUGAAAGUAUCUCAGAUACUUACAAUAAUAAGUAGGCCUGAGCAUGGGUAACAUGGAUGGAUGGUUCAAAACUGCUAGAGUGCUUCAGUUAUCAAAACAGGGAGACACUAAAAUGAUGUGGCACAUUGAACAAAGUUUUUGAUGUUUGACUAGAAGUGCCCAACCACUGAUAGGUUGGGAUGUAGUUUUUUAAAAACCAAGACGACACCUAUGCUAAAUUCUAGGUCAUCCAUCCAUUUAGUGCAAUACAUACAGCAAAUCUCACUGAGCAAACCAAGACUCCCCUCAUUACAGCUUUCCCCCAAAUACCUCUUCAAAACAAUGGAUUUGCAGUAUAGUCUGUAUGUGGUCAAGUUCUUCUUGCUCUGAAACAGCAUGUGUGAAUUCUAAAGUCACAGACUGUUCUACUUCAGGGAGAAGCCCCCCACCUCAGCAGUUCCAUCAUUGCUGUUAACAUGAUCAUACAUGGCACAGAGAAGGGGCAGUCCUUCAAGUAAGCAGGUUCCAGAACAUUUAGGGCACUUUUUUUAUUUAUUUUUUAUAAAACCCACCUAUUUUUUUCAGCUGAAAUGGACAGGUCCACUCUAUAUGCAUCCGAAGAAGUGGGCAGUAGCCCACGAAAGCUUAUGCUCUAAUAAAUUUGUUAGUCUCUAAGGUGCCACAAGUACUCCUGUUCUUAUAACAACUCUGUUUGAUAUGUUUCACUAGAUGUUUGACACUUAUCUCCCACUCUUUGUAAUCCAGUAUGAGAAACAUGACUGCUUCAGUCCCAAAAUGACUCAAAGCUUUGCUGCUAUGAAGUAAACUUAAGUUGUGAGUAAAAGGCAGGGCCUGCUCACAGAAUCUGGCAAGAAUAGGACUGAUAUUGUAGAAACACAUAUUCCUAAGCAGUGCUACACACAAGAACACAAACACCCCAUACCAAGUAUGGUAUAAAGAUAACGAGAGCAUAUUGACCCCUCCUAAAGAUAAGGUCAGGAUGACAAUAUGAUGGAUAGAGAUGUUUUGAUCAAAUCAACAUGUACAAGGUAAUGGAUGGUAACAACCCAUGUCAGGGGGCAGUAACAAAUCACAUCAGAGGGGCAAUAUAUAACUUGUUUGUAUUGAUGUAUAAAAUGACACUGAGGGAGUGUCUUUGGCUGGCCUAGGGGAUAAUGGAAAGUCCCACCAUUAACUGAACUAGUCCAUUGAAAUGGGCAUACCUGUAUUAGUGUACCUGUACACUAGGACCAUGCUUCAGUGACAAUAAACAUGGCAAGAGUUCCUUCGCUACAAACGGGUCUGUGGUUAUUGGGCAGUGCGAUCGAGGUCUGCUGUACCAACUGUCUGUGCAGAGCUGGGACAGCACACAGAGAAAACACACAUGCAGCCAACCAUCUAACAAUAUCUUACCACACUAAGCAGUUUCACUCUUCUGAUACGUAAGGAAAUGGCCUAAACUAAAUUUAAGUAAAUUCAGUAGCAUCUUAAACCCAUCUAAUGGAAAAUCCUCCUUUAGUAAUAAUGAGAUGGUUAAUGUUGAGAAAGAUGGGGAGCAAACUUAAAGAGCACUUUAAACAGUUUACCAGUAUACUCUACAACUGCAGACUAAAGCCCUGAUAUCACAUGAGAUUCAAAUUGUACUGGGGUUUCACGUCUUACUUAUUUACAAUGAAAAAGUAGACAUUAUUACUGCAAAAGCCAGUUUGCUCUCUGAAAGGAGUCAAAUCGUUUUUUUAAACAAAUAGGCUUUUCUAUUAACUUCUCACUGCACUAAAAUUAAAUGGUUGGGUUUUUUUUAAACAUGAAGAUUGCACAGAGGUAUCACCUUCGUAGAAGCUAAGCACUAUAGCCUACAAUAGAGUGCCAUUUUAAAUAAGGAAGUUGGUAAUGUAGACUGCAAGUUAAAAAUACAAAAUUGACAAACACCAGCUGUAGUAAUCAAAGUUUUUACAAUAUUCACACAGAUGGAAAAACAGUCACUACUGCUCAUACUUUUUUAAACAAAAUUUUAAUCAGUUCCAAACCGUUACAGUUGGAAUAGUGUACACUGUUGCUCUUAAAUGAAAGCAGAAAACAGCUCUUCUCCGGUAGUGAAGUCUCUCCCCUUUUCACUUCCAUCUUAUCACACAAGAUGUAACAGUAUUUGUACCACAAAUUUUCAAAUAAGACGACAACACAGGGUCAGUUUUACUUUAUGCAUGCAAGUCACAUGGAAUUUAGAGCAGGUGCCUUU